AUGUCUUUUCUCGCCAAGACCGACACUGGGGUGUUGGUUAACAGCCUGGAAGCGAAAGCACCUCUCUAUUCCCACGUUCUGGAGUCUCUCCAGGGCACCGCCACUAUACGAGCAUAUGGCUGGACGAGCAACCACGUCGCCAAGAAUCUCGCCCUCCUUGACAGGGCCCAGAAGCCUUAUUACUUGCUCCUCUGCAUUCAGCGAUGGCUGACUCUUGUAUUGGGACUGACGGUCGCUGGGCUCGCGAUACUGCUCACCACCCUAGGCGUCACGCUCCGCGGCAGACUGGACGCCGGUUUCCUCGGCGUUGCCCUUGUCAGCAUGAUGAAUCUUGGCCAAUCCUUGGCUGCCCUUAUCACCUUUUGGACCUUGCUUGAGACGUCCUUGGGUGCCAUUUCGCGCGUGAAGACUUUCUCCGAGGAUACUCCGACCGAGAAACCUCGCGAGAUUAUGGAUACAAGAGUUCUCGCUGGCUGGCCCUCUCAAGGAUCGGUUGUCAUUGAGAAUUGGUCGGCUCACUAUAAUGGGUAUUCAUAUCUCACUAUAUACUUUCUGGAGUUUUGUACCAGUCUAAAGCAGUAG